AUGCCACGCCCCUCAAUCCGCCUCUUUCGGUACCCUACAACCCUCUCCCGGCGCGCACGUCGCUUCCGCCUCAUGACCAUGCUCAUCGCCCUCCUCACCAUCCUAACUUUCAUAAUCCCCUUCUACAUCAUCUACAAGCCGCCAUCACUGCUAAUUCAAUAUUUCCAAUCCCGCUGGCCGGAUGUCCUGUUCCAUGCGGAUGUCAAAAAGAAAGUCAUCGCAUUAACAAUCGACGACGCGCCAAGCUACUAUACCGCCCAGGUCCUGGACAUUUUGAAGGAAAAUGAUGCAAAAGCUACGUUCUUUGUGAUCGGUGGGCAGGUUCGAGGAAGGGAAGAGGAGUUGAAAAGAUUGGUGGAGGCGGGCAUGGAGCUGGGGAAUCACGCCAUGCAUGAUGAAGCGUCGCGCUCGCUUUCUAACGCUGAAUUGAAGUCGCAGAUUCGAACUGUGGAGAAAAUGACUGAUGACGCCUAUGCCUCAGCGAAGCUUGAAAAACCGGCACGGUACUUCCGCCCCGGGUCGGGCUUCUUUUCCGUGCGCAUGCGCGGCCUAUCGAAGGAGUUGGGGUACAGAUUGGUACUGGGUGAUAUCUAUCCGCAUGAUCCGCAGAUACCGUAUUGGAGGGUCAAUGCGAAGCAUGUGCUGAGUAUGCUGAAGCCCGGUGGGAUUGUUAUAUGUCAUGAUAGGAGGAGCUGGACGGUUCCCAUGCUGAGAAAGGUUGUGCCUGAAAUGAAGAGGAAGGGGUGGACGAUUACGACUGUGUCGGGGCUGUUGGAGCAGGCGGAGAAGGAAAGGAACGCGGCUGAAGGGGGGUGA